CCUCGGGCGGCGGCCGGACUCCGCGGCGGCUGGGAGGCGCCAGCUUCGCUCUCGCCGCCGCGUCGCCGCUUCUCUUCGGCUCCGACAUGGAAGAUGGACCUUCUAAUAACGCGAGCUGCUUCCGAAGGCUGACCGAGUGUUUCCUGAGCCCUAGUUUGACAGAUGAAAAAGUGAAGGCGUAUCUUUCUCUUCACCCCCAGGUAUUAGAUGAGUUUGUGUCUGAAAGUGUCAGUGCAGAGACUGUAGAAAAAUGGCUGAAGAGGAAAAACAACAAAAUAGAAGAUGAAUCAGCUCCUAAGGAAGUCAGCAGGUACCAAGAUACAAAUAUGCAGGGAGUCGUCUAUGAACUGAACAGCUAUAUUGAACAGCGGUUGGACACAGGAGGAGACAACCAGUUGCUCCUCUAUGAAUUGAGUAGCAUAAUCAAAAUAGCCACAAAAGCUGAUGGAUUUGCACUGUAUUUCCUUGGAGAGUGCAAUAAUAGUCUGUGUGUGUUCACACCACCUGGGAUAAAGGAAGGAAAACCCCGACUCAUCCCUGCCGGGCCCAUUACCCAGGGCACCACCAUCUCUGCUUAUGUGGCCAAGUCCAGGAAAACACUGCUUGUAGAGGACAUCCUUGGGGAUGAACGAUUCCCAAGAGGUACUGGACUGGAAUCAGGGACUCGCAUCCAGUCUGUUCUCUGCUUGCCAAUUGUCACUGCGAUUGGCGAUUUGAUUGGUAUUCUUGAGCUCUAUCGGCACUGGGGCAAGGAAGCCUUCUGCCUCAGUCAUCAGGAGGUUGCAACAGCAAAUCUUGCCUGGGCUUCAGUAGCAAUACAUCAGGUGCAGGUGUGCAGAGGUCUUGCAAAACAGACUGAAUUGAAUGACUUUCUCCUCGAUGUAUCAAAAACAUAUUUUGAUAAUAUAGUCGCAAUAGAUUCUCUACUUGAACACAUCAUGAUAUAUGCAAAAAACCUGGUGAAUGCCGAYCGUUGUGCACUCUUCCAGGUAGACCAUAAGAACAAGGAAUUGUAUUCAGAUCUUUUUGAUAUUGGAGAGGAAAAGGAAGGAAAGCCUGUCUUCAAGAAGACCAAAGAGAUAAGAUUUUCAAUCGAGAAAGGAAUCGCUGGUCAAGUAGCAAGAACAGGGGAAGUCCUGAACAUUCCAGAUGCCUAUGCGGAUCCACGCUUCAACAGGGAGGUGGACUUGUACACAGGCUACACUACCCGCAACAUCCUGUGCAUGCCCAUCGUGAGUCGGGGGAGUGUGAUAGGCGUGGUGCAGAUGGUGAACAAAAUCAGCGGCAGUGCCUUCUCCAAGACCGACGAGAACAACUUCAAAAUGUUCGCUGUCUUCUGUGCUUUGGCCUUACACUGUGCUAAUAUGUAUCAUCGAAUYCGGCACUCGGAGUGCAUCUACCGGGUAACCAUGGAAAAGCUGUCUUACCACAGCAUUUGCACUGCUGAGGAGUGGCAAGGCCUCAUGCGCUUCAACCUCCCUAUGCGCCUCUGCAAAGAAAUUGAGCUGUUCCACUUUGACAUUGGUCCUUUUGAAAGCAUGUGGCCUGGGAUCUUUGUCUACAUGGUUCAYCGGUCCUGUGGGACGUCCUGCUUUGAGCUUGAAAAGUUGUGUCGUUUCAUCAUGUCUGUGAAGAAGAACUACCGACGGGUUCCUUACCACAACUGGAAGCAUGCGGUCACAGUGGCACACUGCAUGUAUGCCAUAUUGCAGAACAAUUAUGGGCUCUUCACAGACCUCGAGCGUAAAGGACUGCUGAUCGCCUGUCUGUGUCAUGACCUGGACCACAGGGGCUUCAGUAACAGCUACCUGCAGAAGUUUGACCACCCACUGGCAGCUCUCUACUCCACCUCUACCAUGGAGCAGCACCACUUCUCCCAGACAGUGUCCAUCCUGCAGUUGGAAGGGCACAAUAUCUUCUCCACCCUGAGCUCCAGUGAGUACGAGCAGGUGCUGGAGAUCAUCCGCAAAGCCAUCAUCGCCACUGACCUUGCCCUUUACUUUGGGAACAGGAAACAGUUGGAAGAAAUGUACCAGACUGGAUCUCUAAAUCUCCAUAAUCAGUCGCAUAGAGACCGUGUAAUUGGUUUGAUGAUGACUGCCUGUGAUCUUUGCUCUGUGACAAAACUGUGGCCAGUUACAAAAUUGACAGCAAAUGAUAUAUAUGCAGAAUUCUGGGCUGAGGGCGAUGAAAUGAAGAAAUUGGGAAUACAGCCAAUCCCUAUGAUGGACAGAGACAAGAAGGAUGAAGUCCCUCAGGGGCAGCUUGGGUUCUACAAUGCUGUGGCCAUUCCCUGCUACACCACGCUGACCCAGAUCCUCCCCCCAACCGAGCCUCUGCUGAAAGCAUGCAGGGAUAACCUCAGUCAGUGGGAGAAGGUGAUCCGAGGAGAGGAGAGUGCCCAGUGGAUCUCGGCCUCGCCAGCGGCCCCAGAGACCUCUGAGAAGCCACCCGUGAAGACUGAUGGCUGACAGCAGGGCCAGUCGUCCCACCAGCGAGUCUCAUCUUGCUUCUUUGACUUUUUUCCUUUUAUUUUUGAGGGGGGGAAACCUACACCUGGUAGCUGGGGUGGAAACCUUGGAGAAGCUGACGUCAAGCAUGUGUGUGCAAGCAGACGACUUCCCACGGUCUCAGCACACACACCCAGCCAGAGUGCAGCCAGCAGGGCUCGUGUUGAGAAGUCAGCUGGCCAGGACUCCCCAGCCCCCACCCGUCCUUUUCUAGCAGGCUGAUUUGCCCAGGCCUUACAAGAAAUGGACCAAGACUGCUCAGAGGGUGCUUUCCACGGCGUCUUUCUCUGAGGGUUUGACACGGUACUUUUGUGCUAUUCUACUUUGGCUCUCACACCAUUGUUGCUUUGGCRUCCUUGGUUAUAAAUAGGUUUUUACACUUUCCUAUUGUGAAUGUUCUUGUGUGACCUCCUUGGGGUUGACUUGAAUUGUAGCCCAGAGCCUCAGGACCAGUGUCAUGAAGAUUACAGAGUCAGAAGUGAUGGAAAAGCCAACGCUCCGAGUCUAUAGUGGAGGGCGGUGAGCCGGCUUCACACUAAGGGAAGCGGACGUCUGGCCUUUUGAGAAGAGCUGUAGGUGUGCACCCUGUCAGCCUCAGAACUUCAAGUCUCAGUUCAAACAAUGUCAAAGAGUUAAAAAAAAAUUCCUCAUUGUAUUCUUGGAAAAUUUAUUGAAUCUUUGCAUAAAGAACAAAAUAAA